ACACUACCUUAAUGAUAACUUUAGUGUUACAGGUAUAUUUUAUAAACAAUCAUGGACAGGGUAACAAGUGUUAGCUUUAUUCCAACAAUAUUAUUAGCACUGGUAAUAAUCAUACUAUGUGUAGGAAAUACAGAUUUUUUACUGUCAAAGACCCUAUACAACAGGAUAGAGAGUCUGGAGAGUAAAGGAAGAGAGCAACAGAUUAAGAUAGAACUUCUAGAACAACAAGUCCUAAAUCUCCUCUCUAGACAGAUAUCUAGCAGUGAAAAUGUAAAGACAGGACAAAAAGGAACGUCAACAACAACAAAUGUGGUGGCAUUCCAUGCAAGGCAGAUCACAGAUUCAGUGACAUACCCGAAUAUCAACGAUGUCAUCAAGUUUGAAAAUGUCACAUUGAAUGCAGGGAACGGCUACCACUUUAGACAAGGUCUAUUUGUCGCCCCGAUUGCUGGGACUUACUUGUUCACGGUCACCCUUUCUGGGGAUACAUUGAGUGGCUAUAACAUUUGGGCAUCGGUCAGAAAGAAUGGAGCGAUGUUGGCAAGAAUUGACUGUAUUGCUGGUCUAGAUGAAAGUAAGAAAAGCUUUGAUCAAAGUUCUGUAACCAUAGUAACACCAAUGGAAGUAUCUGAUGAAAUUUGGACCGACAUUUACUCCCCUGGUAAUGUUUCUAUUGGAGGAAAUGGAUUCUCAAGCUUUACUGGAGUUUUACUGUAUUAACUAUUUCUUAAACAGGGAAUAAAUUUCUUGAUGUAAAACAUA